AUGCCUGUCCCCGACUACGGCGUCUGGAAGGGGGUGCCCGUUCAUUACGAGGUCGAAGACCGCUACGAAGACCCAAGGUCUCCUCAUCUGUCGCUCUACUAUCAUGAUAACCAAGACGUGGAGCCACAAUUCGACCGCAAGUAUCGUCAGAAACAUAAAAACUCGCCUCCAAAUAAGAACAAGCCCAGGGAGAUUCCUGGGCUCUUCCGUGCAGCGAUCAAUAUCAAAUCUACUGGUCGCGAGUCUCGACUUGCCUACUGGGUGAAUCAUAACAUUAUAGCGCACCCAAUUGUCCAAAAGAUCGCCAACCUCAGUUUCGGCUUUCAUCCUCUCAAGGAACUUGAUGGUAAAGGGCUGGACUAUAUUCGAUCUGACCUUUUCGACACUAAGAGCGGUCGCGUUCUUCCCCAUGAUAUUGACGGCCCAAAUAAUGAUAUUAUCGACGUACUGGUGCCUGAAGUACAGCAAUCAAUUGAAAAACAAGCCGACAUCUACUUGUUUGGUUCAUGUUUCGAUACGAAAAACGGUAUACACAAUGUGCAUAUGAACCAGGGCAACAUUGACAGCUUCCGUCGCGACGAUGGGGUCUUCCAAGAUGGUGGCCUUCUCAUCCAUUAUAAGGACACCGAUCAAUGGACUGGAGUUUUCCUUGCGUUUGCAUCGCAGGCUUUGCACACUGACGAUGAUGCCGGCCAUGCUAUCUCGCCAUUGACCUGGGGAGAGUUCCUGGCCCCGGAACUCCUUGAGAAUUCAGUGGCCAUCAAGGAAGCAUAUGUCGAAAAGCAGAAAUCAGUCACUCUUGCGAACCUUACACACCACAGGGUGUCUCUGGCAUCAUGGCAAUUGCAUAACUCAGCUGGUGAAGUCCAAAAGCUUCCUAAGGAUGCCGCCUUGGACUCUAAGGCGAGCAAAGACUUCGCAGUGCCAAAUCUCCCUUUCUCAAGGAAUGGUGACAUUAUAACUCUUGUUGAUGACCACGGGCUGAAGAUUGAUGGCGUGAGUUACAACUCUCAGCAGGCAAAGACUCAAGGUCGACCGAUUGUUUUUGCGCACUAG